AUGUCUCAAGUAACUCAAUACCGCUAUGCCGACAAAUCUUCAUCAGCUGAUGAAGCUUUGUCGUCCGAUGAGGGGCCGCAACUCAACCAAGAUCACGCCAUUCUAAACAUGAAGUGGAGGCAAGAGGUCAAGAAUGCGCAGCUUGAAAACCAGGCGCUGAAAGAACGACUCCGCACCAUGGAGGAGCAAAACAAAGUAGUAUCAGCCAAUAAGGGUCGUCGCAAGCAGGACACUGCCGUUUCGGAAGAUAUUGUAGCAUUCGAAGGGGAACUCAAGGUUUGUGCGAAACGCUAUGGUCUUAUGGUCAACAUGUUCCCACCACCAGCAGCCCUGCUCAAAACAACACUUCCCAACCCUCUACCACCAUUCAAUACAGCUGCGCAGUAUGCUACUACGGGUUCGCAGGAGCUCGCAUGUCUAGCGGAAUUGUACGACACACUUCCUCAGCACCUGCACCACCUGGUGCCAAUGAAUCGGUUUUCGAACGUGUUUUCUAAGGCAGUAUGUGCCAGUCGCGCCUCUGAGCUUAACAAGCUCAGGAGUGCUGCGGGUCAGAUUUUCGAACUACCCCAGCAUUACUUCACAAUCUUAUAUGCUCGUGAUGCAGAACCCGAUAUUUGCCGACUACUUGGCAUCACGGGAAAGGCUGGUGAGUUGUAUCCCCUUUUGCCACCACUACUGUUUCCUGGGAACAUUGCUGACCGCACUCGUAAAACGCUGUUUGGUAAUUGGCAACCUAUUGCUAAGACACUGAGCUGCUGCCUUAAGGGCAGGACAUCACUAUCUAACGAGAGCAGACGACAGGGCGGUGCUCCGCCCAAUGCAGUCAAGUGGGGUGUUACAGCGGUGACACCUGGGGCUGUGGCUUGGGCGAUUGUCGCAAACAUCUUUUUAUUAUCCCCUGACCAGGAUUUUCCCCAAGAAGGCAAAGGGAAGACCUCGCGAAUCAACUACAGCACGCUCUACACAUUCUUGAAAGAACUUCUGCUCUGCGACUGGGAGAAGCCUUGCCUAAAGGGGAUCAUCAAACACAUCAAUACCUUCGAUUUGGCUGACGAUCUUCAAGAAGAGAUGUGUCUCGCUCAACUUGGAUUAGCGGCAGAAGUAGAAGAGAAUCUAUCUGAUGACGAAGAUGUCCAUGAUGCUAAUAUUGACAUUCUCACUAAGAAUACAGGUGCCAUAACCAUACACGAAUCGGACGAGGUUCCUGGACCUCCUGGACCUACUCUUUCAUUGACUAAUGAUACCGUGACAUCAACACACACUGUAGCAAGUCACUGUUCUUCAAUCAGCAAGCUUCAAGUCUGUGAUGGACCAGUUGAUUCUGAGGAAAUAGAGGUAGUAAUCAAAGAGAGUAACAGCCAGGCCAUUGAGACGACGAAAUCCAAGUCCAGUAGGGCCAAAAAGUCGAGGGUGCCAGUAUCGGAAGGGGAUGACGGCACCUCCCGACGGCACGGCCGUUCAAAGAAUGUCAAAUAG